UCUCUGUGCAAAAUGUGCGCAUUCUUAAUCCUCGCCCGAUCGAUCCAAGGAGUGUCGUUUACACCACAAAUCUCGAUCAACACCAAACGUUUCAACGCUCACGAUCACAUCCAUGUAUACGUUCAUUUACUCCGUAUUAUAGGUACAUUUUGUUACUGCGUUCUGAAAUGUGCCAACUUUUUCCCAUGGUACAACAAAAAGAUCGCGAUUUCGCUAUAAAUACCUCUCCAUGACUCCAUGCAAGCUCCAAUAUUCCCAGUUCAAUCUCCAUUUGUAAUAAGCUAGCUUAGCUCAGCUUGUCGUUGAUCUUGCACUACUCUUUGCAACCAUGGCUAUCGACCUUGGUUGUCACGUCGGCUGUGCAUCGCCAGAGACGAAACAGGAGGAGACGGCGGAUCCCACGGCGGCCCCCGUCGUCGUCGACGACGUCGAGGCGGCGGCUGGUGGGCGCCGGCCGGGCGACGGCGGCGGCGUGAACUACGUGGCCCGCGCCCAGUGGCUCCGCGCCGCGGUGCUCGGCGCCAACGACGGCCUCGUCUCCGUGGCGUCCCUCAUGGUCGGCGUCGGCGCCGCCAACGGCACCAGGAGGGCGAUGCUCGUGUCGGGCCUCGCCGGCCUCGUGGCCGGCGCGUGCAGCAUGGCCAUCGGCGAGUUCGUGUCCGUGUACGCGCAGUGCGACAUCCAGGCGGCCCAGAUCGAGCGCGCGCGCGGCGGCAAGGACGCCGACGGCGGCGAGGAGGAGGAGGAGCUGCCGAGCCCAACGAUGGCGGCGGUCGCCUCGGCGCUGUCGUUCGCGGCGGGCGCCGCGCUGCCGCUGCUGGCCGGCGGGUUCGUUCGGCCGUGGGCGGCCAGGGUCGCGGCCGUGUGCGCGGCGAGCAGCCUCGGCCUCGCCGGCUUCGGCGUGGCGAGCGCGUACCUCGGCGGCGCGGGCGUCGCGCGCUCCGGCGUCCGGAUGCUCGUGGGAGGGUGGCUCGCCAUGGCGGUCACGUACGGGGUGCUUAAGCUGUUCGGGAUGCAUGGUGUUUAACGGGCAAGUCUUUAUAUUUUCACCACGUAAAUAAUUAAACCAAAGGGAUUAUUACCAAGAUACUCCCUCUGUAUUCAAUUACUUGUCAUUGGAUAAUACUCUCUCUGUUUUUUAAUGACGUCGGUUUAGUUCAAUGUAUUUAACGAUGGAUGUAGUAUUCAUUUUCAAAUUGACUCUUAUUCGAAGAAAAUGUAUAAAUACCUAAGAGUAUCCUAUAUCGAUAAAGUGUUGCACCCUAAAUAUAAUUGUCAAGCUUUCAUA